AAAUGACAGAUCAUGACAGAUUUCAAAAGUUCCGGUUGCAUUGCUUUGAUUGAAAACUCGAAUUUAUUUUCUUUUCUCAUUUCUUAUUUGCUUCAAUUUGUAAAAAUAUUAACUCCUAGAGACAUCAAAUAAAUACAAUAGAAUUACUCGGGAUACAGAAAAUGGACAUCGAAUACGAGAGUCAUUCAUCAGCUGAAGAACAUGAUUGCCCGGAUGAAAGUCCAGUCAAUAUACCAACCAGAAGAGGUGUUAGAAACAGAACAAAGCCAAAAAAGUAUGGGGACUUCUUAAACCUGUCACCAACUAAAAGAAAAGUACAAUCUGAUUCACCAAGUUCUGAUGAAGAUUUUGAAGAAGGAUCUACUCAGAAACCAACAGCUUUGUUUAGCAAAGACGAUGUUGAGGGCCAGGACAUUUUCAAAUUCAAAUCUAGACACACCAAACUUGACUUACAGAAUAAAGUGAAAGCAGCUAUUAGUAAUUCACCUAAAGUGACACCACUCAGUACUCCAAGGAGGAAAAUGAAUGCUGGGUUACUUCAUAGCCCUUUGGCAAAGGUAUCAGAUGCCACUCCGAAGCAAGCUAGAGAUUUAAUGAGAAAAAGAAUUAUUCGUGAAGUGGAGAGUGAUAGUGAAGACAGUGAUUUCUCUGGAAGCAGUAGUGAUUUUGUACCUGAAGAAAGUGAUAAUGAUGACUCUGAUUCUAAAUCACAUUCAAGCAGUUCAAUAGAAGAUGAUGAAGAGGAAGAACCAAAGAAAGCUGCAACAAAAGUACAAAUUACCAAAAACAAAGAUGCUAGGUCAAAAGCAAAAGAUUCUGAGUACAUUGUUACACCAGAUAACUAUUUCCUUAUGAAUUCUAGCAAAAAGAUUGCAACUUCAGACCACACAUUGGCCAGACUGAAAAAUCUAAACCUGGAUGAAAUGGUUGGUAAAGAUAUUCAAAUGUCAGCGGAACAUAAAAACAAAAUAAAAGAACUCAACAAAUCAUAUGAACAGCUAUUUAACAGAUGGCUGUAUGUUUUGAGUGAAAACUUUAACAUAAUUUUCUAUGGAAUUGGAUCCAAACGAGCAAUUCUCCAGCAGUUUCAAAUGGAAAAGCUGAAAGACUUCCCAUGUAUUGUUGUGAAUGGAUUUUUUCCAAGUCUAACAAUCAAGAGUAUCUUGGAAGCUAUUGUAGUAGAUCUUUUAGAAAAUACACAUGUACCUUCCAACUUAGGUGAUGUUAUAAGUCUAAUUGAUACUCAACUGAAUGAGAAUGAUAUUGAACUGUUUUUGAUAGUUCACAAUUUAGACGGCGUAAUGCUUCGAAAUGCUAAAGCUCAAGCAACUUUGUCUAGUUUAUCACAAAUUAAAAAUAUUCACACAAUUGCUACCAUUGAUCACAUCAAUGCUCCUCUAUUAUGGGAUCAUUCAAAGCUGAGUAAAUUCAAAUUUACUUGGUGGGAUGUCACUACAUUCCUGCCCUAUACUGAGGAAACUUCUUUCGAGAAUUCCAUCAUGACACAAAGGAGUGGGGCAUUGCAGCUGUCGUCCCUAAGAAGUGUUUACCAGUCUCUCACCACCAAUGCAAAGGGAAUAUUCAAUAUUAUUAUCAAAUACCAGUUGGAGAAUCAGAAAUUAAGUCACUAUCAAGGUCUUCCUUUCAAAGAUCUGUACUCAAAAUGUCGAGAGCAAUUCCUAGUGAGUUCUGACUUAGCUUUGAGAGCUCAGCUCACUGAAUUUUUAGACCACAAGCUUGUGAGAAUGAAAAGAAGCUGUGAUGGCAGUGAAAAUUUGGCUAUACCAAUCGAAAAUACGUUAUUACAACAGUUUUUGGAGCAGCAAGACAGUUGACAUUGCUAUUGCGAGUUGUACACCCACCGAAUCUCAAGUUAUUUUGAAUUGAGAGGAAAUAAAUGUGUUUUUCUUUUA